AUGUUCACGAAGAUGAAGAUGAACAGGAUGGAAAAAUUUCCACUUCAAACUUUAAAUGCGGGAAUUGAAACCGGACUCCGGCCGCUUGGGUUAAAGUGCAUGCAACUGACACGUAAGGGAGUAAUCGAGGCGCCGCCCCAAAAGCUGGAAAGGCCAAAUGCGUCCCUUGAUGUGCUCGAGUGUGCGCACAAGGGGGCUUUGCGUCACAGCGGGAGGAUCUCCUGGGGCCGGCCUGGGAAGGCAACCAGCAAACCAAAACCUACGUAUCGCGCAACGAAAUACUUGAAGCUCGCGGUGAAGGACGAGCCGGGGUCGGGCGUAGCUCCAGCUAUUUUAUGUUCAUCGGUGCACUCGGUAGUCCAUUUAUCCAGGACCUCGCGCACCAAUAAUGUGCUGCGUCGCGGACCCUACGCAGCAACAGCGAACGAGGCCCAAAAGCCAACUGCCGUAGGAUUUCAUACUGAAUGCACGCAGCUUGCACCUGUCUGUCGUGUUUUUCUCCGUACGGUAUUGAGCCUUGCCAAGACAUCACUUCGCCUCUGCGGCAAGCUGCUGACCACGCACGGCUAUUACUAUAACAGCCAGCGCUCCUAUGCGACUUGGCUUAGCGACACAUGGGCGAUGGGUGCUGCCGACGGCUUUUACGCCUGGCAGCGCCUUUCCGACCACCUUUCACAGUCCGAAGCCUUUGACGCCUACUCAACUGGCCGCAAACCACGAGCCCCAUGCGGCCGCUUCGGACACGUAUCCGCCGUGAUUGAUGACGCCUUGCUGCUGUACGGCGGCAAUGACGGUGGUUAUAGCCGUACGAAUCUUCAGGACUAUAAACCCGGCAACGACUUUGACGACUUGUGGCGCCUCGACCUCGUCAACCACACCUGGUCGCCCCUUCAACCCGCGGGAGAAGGCCCCGGCAAGCGCCACAUGGCGGGUGCAGCUGCCGUGCAAGGCAAGCUCGUACUGUACGGCGGCAUAGGCCGUGGCCGUGGGGACAUAUGGUCGUACAGCCCUGCCGAAAAUCGUUGGGAGCUAUUGUCGGUGGAGGUGCCAAAAGAACACGGCGGCCCGGGGUCGCGAUGCGGCCAUGCCUUGCUGCCGUGGCUCACUGGCCUAGCCACCGGGGUCAUCAUGUACGGCGGCCAGUCACAGCUUCCAAACGGCUCGUACACGGUGCAUGAUGACGCGUGGUUCUUCGACCUGGCGACCCGGCGCUGGAGGAAGCUGCAGCAUGCGCCGGAAAAGUGCACAGACACAGCACCACCACCACCACCGCUGACAUCGCCGCCGGGACACUUCUACUCGGCCUCUAUGGUAACCACCCUCACGCUGCCACCAUCUGCCGUACGUGCCGCCGUCGUGGCGGCAGCGGCUGGUACGAAGGCCUGCCAAGGUUCCGCCGGCGGCGCUAGCGAGGACGUCGUGUCGGCGCCUUCCACCGCCCUGGAGGACGUCAUCUGCGAAGAGCCCUCCCAGGGAGGCCCUUCCCCAGCUGCAGCCUCAGGCCCAGGUCCCGCAGCGGCCGUAAAUGAGCCUGUACGGGUACACGUUGGCAUUAUUGCCGGCGGCUCCACAACUACCCCCGGCCUGACCUGCUCCCCUGCAGUCUGGGCCUUCACUACGGAUUGCGCUGCCACCCGCAUCAUCUGGGCACGGCUGCCGGACCUCCCCGCCGGGCUGUACGACACCCGAGGCGCCGCCGUCGGCGGCGCCGCCUACGUGUUCGGUGGGCACCUCUGCCGCCUAGAAAGGCCCUCGCAGCCGCCGUACCCGUACUAUUACGUCAAUGAGGUGCAGCGACUUGACCUGGGGUUGGGCCUGGAUCAAGAUUUGAAUUUGAAUUUGAAUCUGGAUCCCGAUCGGGGCGUCGAUUCGGUUUCUGUUCCGGGUGUUGCGGCGCUGCUGCGUGGAGGGCUGGACUUCGGUGGGGCCGAGGGUGCAGCGGCUGCUGUGACAGCGGCUGCCUGUGUGGCAAGCUUUGUGGCUCUCGCGGCUUCAGUGUGGGGUGAUCAGUCCGCCUGGGGUUGAGCCCCAAGCACCCUCUGGCCCGUAUCUUCAGGUAUCCCGGUUCGGGGUAGGUGAGGUAGGGAGGUGAGGUAGGGAGGUGAGUAGGUUCGGAUGAAUGUUAUGGUUUGUUUUGGUUUAAUUAUGUGGUUAGUUUGUGUGCACGGUUUAACAGUGGCUGGGAAGUUUCGUUUACCGUUUAUCGCUUCUCGUUUCCAAUAGCUCGGUCCUCCUCCUCUUGCAUGCCUUCCGUCUGUCGUGGGUGCUCUGGAGUGUGGGGGCAUGUGUUGCAAGUUGUGGCGCAGGUGAUGAUGGACAGGUUGCGGCUUUGUGGUCCUAUUAUACGUGUUUUUGGCGUGUUUUUGUUGGCGAUUGGCAGGAAUGUUUUUGGAUCGCACAGAUCCGCGCCAUGUCAGUUUAUACGCCACGCGACAUGGACAUAACGGUUUCAUGUUUGAAGUUUUUGCUGUUGGCCGAACUCGAACACCCCGGCCUUCCGGUUCUAAGGUACACCGGAUGAAGACGGUUAUUGGGGCCCAUUGUCGGGAUAAAGCGGGCGGAAACAGGCUUCAACCUAGCCGAGGACGACCGUGUUAACGAAGUCUCUCCGACUGGAUAAUAUAAACAAUUAGCCAACACAGCCUAGUAGGCUUAGUAGGACCCAACAGACUGCGCUUUCGGUAGCGACUCCGCAAUUUUGAGGCAUUCGAUGUGGCCGG